AUGCCGACGCAGCUGGAGGGUGCGAUGGAUACAUUAAUCAGGGUCUUUCACCAUUACUCAGCAAAAGAAGGGGAUAAAUAUAAACUCAAUAAAGGAGAACUCAAACUGCUUCUUACCAGUGAACUUACUGACUUCCUUGCGUGUCAAAAGGAUCCCCAGUUGGUUGACAAGAUCAUGAAAGAUCUUGAUAGCAAUAAAGACAACGAAGUAGAUUUUAAUGAAUUUGUGGUUCUGGUUGCUGCACUGACUGUUGCAUGCAAUGAUUUCUUUGAGGAGCAAAUGAGGAAAAAGGGAGAAUAG